UACCUCCAUCCCAAAACUGAAGCAGCUGAAGCAGAAGCUUCCCUUCUCUCUUCCCUUCUCUCUCAAUAAAUUCUUGAAGAAAGGCCCUUCUCUCUCCCAUUAUCUAUCAGAAAGAAAAUCCUUUUCUCUGUUUUCCUCUCCUUUUUUCAGCUAAAUGGGGUUUCCAGUUGGGUACUCGGAGGUUUUAUUACCCAAGCUGUUCGUUCACGCACUUUCCUUGCUGGGUUUCAUCAGGGGCCUCGUUUUGUGUCUUUUUACCUACGUGGGUCUCUCAGAUUUCCUUGAGACUGACAAUAUCUGGCCCGAUUACCCGACCCCAACGUCCUUCUACCCGUCUCUAUCGGCUGCCCUGAUCCGGGAAAUCUUGCCUGUCAUCAAGUUCGAGGACUUGAUCGGCGGAGAUGGUGGUUGUUGUGACUUGCCGGAGAGUUGUGCUGUUUGUUUGUAUGAGUUUAAAGGAGAGGACGAGAUCAGGUGGUUGAAGAAUUGCAAGCACAUUUUUCACAGGGCUUGUUUGGACCGAUGGAUGGAUCAUGACAGGAACACGUGUCCACUUUGUAGAACUUCGUUUGUGCCUGAUGAGAUGCAGGGGGAGUUUAAUCAGCGGUUAUGGGCUGCAAAUAGCGAUGAUGGUGAUUUUUACGAUGAAUAGAGUCCUGUUUCGGUUUCUUAGAGAGCUUGAUGAGGUUGUCUAAAGUGUAUAUAUACAUGGAGAUUUGGCAAUUCAGCCAAAUAAAAGAAUUUUUUUUUUUAAAAUGUUUUACUCUCAUGGCAUGAAUUUCUGUCAGUAUUUUAUUUUAUGUAUUCUUAACUAGUAAAAAGGGAUUGAAAUGCAUGAUUGAUGGUCAAUUUCUUGAUGCUGGGGUUGGACUUCAGGAGAAACGGGUCAGCUUCAUGAACUGGGUACACGAACCUUUUACCCAUAUGAUUAAUGGGUCGAUAUGAUUAGUGUGGGUCUCACAAAUAACAUUAAUUAUUAGCUUAAUUUGUUAAUCUACUCCUUGGUUUU